GCGAGGCCUGGCCCCUUGGAUCAGGGGUGUUGCCCGGAGCAGAGCGAUUUCCAGCCCUCGGGGCCUUUUCUUUCCGACCGGGUUUCCUGGAACCGCGAGGGGAGUUGCACGUUUCUCAGCGACGUUGUCAGUGUCCUCUUGCUGCGCUCAGACGUGAUGCCCGUCUCAGGGAGCGGGAAAACACGCCCCGCGCGUGUUGUGUGUGUGGGAAGGCUGGAAGUGAGUGGCCAGCGUGGGGGAAGCCCUGUCCAUCGGAAAUGAUCUUUGUCCUUGCGUGUGCGGAGGAUGGAGGAUGGGUGAUGCUCUCCGGUCGCCUUGAAAGAGGGCUGUGGGCUUGUCGCUGGUGUUGCAGUUUCAGUGGCCUGAAUAAAAAUAAGGCUUUGUGCGCUGAGGCAAUGGGUUUUCUUAGGCAGAUUAAAAAUAGAAAGGGAACCAGUUUCUGAGGUUGCAACUAGGAGGUUACAGAACAGCGAGGGGGCGGUGAACUGAAGUGUGAAGGAGGGGGUGGACAGGUGAGGGAGACAUGGAAGGACAGAAUAGGGUCACAGAAGGGAUGGGGCGCUGAGGAACUAAGACUUGGAGUGGGGGGUAUCUUUCUCUUAGAAAUAGGGAGCCUCUGGCAGGAGAGACAGUGCAGGGGUUAAGGUGCUUGCCCUGCAUGCCAACAUGGUCUCCUGAGCAUCACUGGGGUCGCCCUGGAGCCCCCGCUCCCAGCACCACAGAGGCUGAUACCCCCCUUCAGAUACUUGUCAUUGAACCGACAGCCUGAUUGACAUCAAGGGGCUCCAGGUCCCAGAACAUUCCCUGUACCCCAAGCAAAUUAUUAUUUUUUUUUUAAUUUUAAACAAGAUCCUCCUGUUUUAGACGAAGGUUAAGUACACAACAAAUGGCAAGAAAAACCAAUGAGGUGUUAGAAUGGCAUUCAUAGAGGUUUUGGAGUAUUGAAUUUCCCCUGUUGUUCUGAUUCAGACUAUUAUCUGUGCAUCGAAGAAAGCAAAAUACCAGGGUAGUUCAACUUUUUUCUAACUCUGCUUACAAGAUUUGUGAUUGGGAAGGUGGGAGUCAAUCAUUUUGACAAGUCUACUGAAAGGAACAGCUAGCAGGAGCUGAAACCUUUUUCCAUUUGGUCUCGUGGCAAAGGCAGAGAUCACGCCAGCAGCUCCACACAAUAUGACGUGCUCACUAGUGACCUCUGAACAGUCUUCUGGUACCUCUCUCUUGCCCAAAGACAGUGCCUCAUUUACUUGGGGUUCCUUGGAUGAAGAUGGAUUGGAUGACUCAUUGCUGGAGCUGUGUGAUGGAGAAGAAGAUGAUGGCCAUUUCAGUUUCACAGAGGAAGAGAUUCAGGAACUCUUGAAGGAUGAUGACCCACCAAAUGAGCAUGCUAGGGCAGGAGGGUUGCUUAGAGAUGACAGCAGGCACGUUGAGAAGGAAGGGAGAGGGAGUCAAAUUUUACUUGAUACUCCCGAAGAGAAAAAUUCAGUGUGUGGCUUCGGACCCGUAGAUGAGACUCCUGACCUCUUCAAACUACCUCAGCAAAUAACAUCAAUUGGUCAUGGACCAGCGUCUACUAAACCAUUAAACAGACGCUUUGCACUAGAAAAGAAUCUUAUAAAAAUUACAGUUGUUGCACCAUUUGAUCCAACAGUUUGUGAUACUGUGCUUGAUAAGGACAAGACUGAUUCAUCCAAAGAUACUGAGAAACCCUCCUCCUUUGGAGAAGAGAUGAGAGAAGAUGGUCUUAGCCCAAAUGAGAGCAAACUUUGCACUACGUCUGAGGGAAUCAGCCCCAGUCAUGCUGGCUGGGAUGGGUCCUUGCUCUCUUCUUCAAACAGUAACUUUCAGCAAACUGUCUCUGAUAAAAAUACACUUGACAAUAAGAAACCUACACCUGUAUUCUCUCAGAUUGUGGACCAUUCAGAGACUCCUCACAUGGGGGCAUCUUGGAGAAAUGGAGCACAUAAAUCAAGUUGUGAAAUGAGGUGUCCAGCUGCUGGCUCAUCAAACAAAAAGCAGAAUGUUCUUGACAAGGAUUCUGGAAAGCUGAAAGUCCAUGAGAGAAGACUAGGCAAAGUCAUUCCUGUUCUACAAACCAAAACAAGGACUAAUGUGCCAACGUUUUCACAAUCAGAUCUAGAACAGCAGAAGCAAAAUUACCUCAGGAGUGUCAUUGCUCAUAUAGAAGACCCAGUGGACUCUAACCAAGGUACCUUGGGGGAACUGUGUGUCUUGAUGGAUCAAGUUCAUCAUAUGCAUAACCAAAAAUGGCAGCAUCCUUCAGACCUUACCAUGCGAAACUAUGCCCGCUUCCGACAGAAUUCCCUGCAAAGAUACAGUCUGACUCAGUGGGUUGACAGGAAUGAGCGAAGCCACCAUCGGUUCCAGCGUCUCCCGUGCAGUCCAUUUAUCUCAUCACAACAGCAGUGAAAGUUCCAAUUCCAAAUCUGGCUCAGAGCAGCAGCUCAGUUUCUGUUGUUUUGUGCUUUGUAGAUUUUGAAUUUAUUUUUCACAAUAUUUUUAUUUAAAGAAUUUGUCACCUUUUGGAAAUGCCCAUUACUGACUUGAAAUUCUUUGUAUAAGUUUUCUCGUGUGUGUGUGUUGUUGUUGUUGUUGUUGUUGUUGUUGGGGUGGGGGGGUAAGCAUUGUUAAGUUGAAGGUGGAGUAUUUUACCUUUUUUAAUUGAAGGUGGCCGUCUGCUGAAAGGCAGCAUUAAGCCAAACACCCACACGGAGACAAACAGCUGCCUCCAGGCAGAGGGGAAGUCUCCUUUUGGCACCCAAAGAAAUCACUUCUGACUGCCCUGCAGGGGAGUCUUCAUUAAACUACAAACCAGUGUAAUUACUGCCAAUGAUAUAAUCAGAGAUAAAUCACUUAUAACCAUCCCUCUUUUUUCUUGGAAUCUCUGAAUACCUGUCAGUAUUUUCAAGUUAUAGUCCAGGACAUUUUAAGUAGAAUAGAGUGGUGUAAACAUUCCUUUGAAAGGACAGAUUAAACGUAUAAUUUUUUUUUUUUUACCACUUAGCUUCAUUUUUAAUAUUUAGGUUUUUUUCCACUUACAACAUUUAUUUUGCACAAUAGUAUUUACAGAUCUUAUGCAUCAAAACUGUGACAGAAGACUGCUGAAUAAUUCCUGUUGAUUUAUAGUCUUAUGACUGGCUGAUUAUCUUCUCUGCCUUGAAAGGGUUUCCUUUUUUUACCGGUGACCACUAUGCUGCUUAGGAUUCCCUUGGUGUCAUCCUGUAUCCUGUUCAGUGUACACCUCAUAAGAGAACAGCCUUCCUGCUCUACUGAAGAGCUGACCAACCAGAGUCUUGACUCUGAGAGACAGGCCGGAAAGUUAGUGCGAUUGAGGUAUUAGUUGUUCUUGAUUUUUAGCUGCCGUAGCACAGCUUAAAGUAUUAGUUGAUGUGUUUGUGUGCCUCCAGCCUUUGAUAAAGACUGGUGAGGCACUCUUGAGUCUCCUACUGCUAAACAAGAGGUGCCUUGAGACCCAGGGUAUUACCUCUCUUCUUUUAUUCGAACCUCUGAUGUGGCUUCACAAACUGGAAACAAAAACAUUGCGUGACCUUGAGAUUGUAUCUAACCAAAAUUGACAGAUUUUUGCAGCCACCUCAGUGAAUGUCUUUGGAGUAUGUUUAUUCUCUCCUUUAUAGACAACUCUAGACAUCUUUUGGGAAAUUUUUUGUACGUGUUCAGCACUUGUGCUAUUGUUCACUCUCUCUGAAUCUUGUACAUAAUUGCUGUAGCUCAGCCUGUGAUAAAAGCUUGACUGCUAGUUUUGUUUCAUCGGCCACAUCUUUGUAUAUGAGUAACCCAUCAUAGACCCUGCUUGAGAAAUAGAGUUGGGAAAAAUUUGGUCAUUUAAACUACCAGUACACUUCUAUGAUGAUGUCGCUGUGUGUUUACUAGUCUAUUCUAGUCAAGGAUUCUUUUUUCCUUGGACAUUUGGUUUAGAUUUCUGGGACCAGAGUGCAAGGAAGUUCUGUUCAAAGGCAAGAAUCAAAAUAUGUUGUUUCAGUUAGCAUAACUGGUAUUUGCACAUCCGGCACUUCUCAAGGUUUCCCCAAAUUAGCUUGAUGGAGUAAUACUUGCAGCCGUCUACCUUUAGAACCAUGGGCAUAGUAGGAGAUUAAUUGUAGCUGGAAUAACUACUAGCAUUGCAACUCUCUAGUUCCCCUAAAAUAACCCCAAGGUGGCAAGGGACAGUGUUUUGAGGGAAAACCUAAGACUGAUGCUCCUGCCUCCCUGGUCUAUGAGCUCUUGUGUCAGAAUGUGAGCGGGAGCAUCGUCUCUGCCAAACCAAGUGAGUGACGGGUUAACUAGAAAAUGUGACAAUCACAUUUCCUCUUUGCUCGAAUAAUUCUGUUUUUCUAAAGCUUUAGCAGGCUUAAUUAAAUCUGUUGGACUGGGGGAGGAGAGAACUGUUCUCUAGCUGUUAACAUGGUAUUCUUUAAGAAGGAAAAAUAAUGCCAAAGAAAACUCAUUAUCAGGCAUACUCGCCUUAACGAUGGUAGUGGGCAGAAUCUGGAGUUUGAAUGGGUUUAAAACUACAUAUCUCCUCUCUGAUGUUGGUCUCUAAGUCUUAUAUGCUUGUGCAAUUCGUGCCAUAUCGUUUGAUUUGAAUAAGCCUUGUGUGUAUUUAACUAGCUACCUAGCUUUCUUCACCCAUGAUGACAUUCUCACCCUAGGGGUCUUGACAAAGCAGAGUGAAAAUGUGCUGUUUACAUACUUGUAAGUAAAUGAAGUAACCUGUAGUUUUGCGUCUAAUGCAGGCUCUGAGGUACUUGAGUUGUCAAGACCAAUUAUGAAACUGAAGUUUGGUGCCUCCUCUUUAUCAUGUUUUUUUUCCCUUGUAGCAGUUGUGUUUAAUGUCAUUAAAAAGAAAUAAAAGUUCUUGUCAGUG